AUGGAUUUGAUACAAGACUAUGUGCACAGUGAUGAAGAAGAUCAUGCCGAAGAAGAGAUGCAAGCAGUAACCUUAGAUAAUUGCAAAAGUCUAUCCAUGGCUAAGGGGGAUUUAUCAUUAAUGGUUGCUCCAGAAGUAACUACCAAAAGUAUUUUAAACGAAAUAGCUAUUGUUGAUCCCAAAACAAAGGAAAUUAAGUUUAAUCCCACAUACCAGCAGCUCUUCCAGCCAGAGGCUGGACCAAGCAAUCCUUUCAAAUCAGAAAGUCAGAAAGCUCACAAAAACACAUUAACGGGCUUUGUUGAGCCAGCACAUAUUAACGACUUCCACUUCGAACGUGAAAUCAGAAGUUUCGAUACUCUUGGGUACGCCAGUAAUCCAACAGCAGAAGCCGAAAGUAAGUUCAUUGGUAAUAAAGAAGAAGCCGCGGAGAAGCUAGGAGCUUCAUUGUUUGAUUCUGUUAAAACCGGUGGUCAGAAAAGGAAACGGACUUACAACUUCGACGCAACGGAUGUCGAAGGGUAUACUGGUCCUUGGGCUAAAUAUGAAGAUGAAAAAACAAUUGCUAAGCCUGAUCCACAACUUCAAGCUGAAAUGGAUGAGAUAGUGAGGAGGCGACAAAUGAACAGUAGAAAAUGGAGAGCUCAAAUGAAGGAGCAAGAAGUUAUUGAAGAAACAUCUACUUUGCAUUUGAAAGAAGUUUCCGAUUAUCAAGGUAGAUCGUUCAUUGUACCUCCAGCAUUCACUGGUGUCAACCUUCGUGCUGAUUAUGUUCCUGAAAGAUGUUACAUUCCCAAGAAGCAAAUCCAUGUGUACAAGGGACAUUCGAAGGGUAUUAACUGCCUACAAUGGUUCCCUCAGAGUGCUCAUCUAUUCUUAUCGUGUUCCAUGGACACCAAGAUCAAACUAUGGGAAGUUUACGGUAAACAACAGUUAGUAAGAACGUAUACUGGUCAUAAGCUACCUGUGCGUGAAGUAGUCUUUAAUAAUGAUGGGUCUGAAUUCUUGUCCGCUAGUUUUGAUAAGUACAUCAAAUUGUGGGAUACUGAAACCGGACAGGUCAAACAAAGGUUCACAACUGGCCACAUACCAAUGUGCUUAAAGUUCAAUCCUGAUGAGGAUAAAAACCAUAUGUUCUUGUCUGGUAUGCAGAAUAAAAAAAUCAUCCAAUGGGAUUGCCGGUCAGGAGAGAUUGUUCAGGAGUACGACAGACACUUGGGACCUGUUAACUCAAUCACAUUCUUCGACAAAAACAGACGAUUCGCCUCUUCAUCUGAUGACAAAUCAAUCAGAAUUUGGGAAUGGGAAAUUCCUGUUGAUACGAAGUUGAUCCAAAACGUAGGAUUACACUCCAUUCCAACUAUGACAAAGUCUCCGAAUGACAAAUGGGUUGUUGGACAAUCUAUGGACAGUAGAAUUGUUUUGUUCCAAUUGGUAGAUGAUAAACUACGAUUUGCUAAGAAGAAGAACUUCCGUGGUCACAACUCUGCUGGUUAUUCCUGCACUACUGAUUUCAGUCCAGAUAUGAGUUAUAUUAUUUGUGGAGAUUCAGAUGGUAAAGUGUUUUGUUGGGAUUGGAGAACUCACAAGAUUGUCGCGAAAUGGAAGGCUCACGACAGCACAUGUAUCUCAGCCAAGUGGCAUCCAAAAGAAAAGAGUAAAAUGAUUACGGCUGGUUGGGACUCGCUCAUCAAGAUGUGGGCUUAA